AUGUCAAGACCACCAGCUCAUCCAAAAGGUUGGGCUCCAGUGCCUUCUGUUACUUCACCUCCUGUGUCUUUUAGACCAGCAACUCCUACUCGCCAAUCACCAGUACACCGAUUACCACCACCAUACAUUCCGUGUCCAAAACCUAUGAGACCGACUUCAUCACCUUUACCUUCUGGACCGCAGCCUUACAGAUAUCCAUCACCUUGUCCUUCCCCUCAAAUCUAUGACCAAUCUGGAUCAUUACCACCCUUGUAUAGACCUCGAGAGUUCGUGGUGCUUGAAGCUCCUUCGCCUCAACAAUGGCUGGACGAAGAAGACAAUGUACCCGAUGGUCGGUCAACAGCUGAAAUCAUCGCUUCACAAUCUCAAGACUAUGUCGACGAGAAAUUGGCAGAGUAUCAAGCUACGAUUUAUAUGCUACAAGGUAAUUAUUAUGUAUUUUAUAUCUAUACAUACAGAUAA